AUGGAAGUUGACGGCAUGGAUGAGCAGCAAGCGCGACAAAGGCUGCUGGAAGGGGGAUACUUUGUGGCUCUGGGGGUACCGCCCGGCGUGGAGUUCGGAAUCGAUCUCAAGAGCUACAAGACCGGGCCGCAAUUCAAGGGGGUGAAGAUGAUCCCGCCUGGGCUGCACUUCACACACUUCGGCACCGGAGAGGGCGAGAAGCAGGGAAUUUUCUUUCGAAGCUCGGCUGGAUCGGUUGCGGCGACACAGUGGGACACAAGCGCGGAGGAUCUGGUUGAUGCUCAGACGUGCCUACCCGAUGGGGCUGUUCGAGCUCUGCGGGAGUCGGUGCUGCGGCUGGAAAUGGACAAAAGUCUGGGGCCUCACCCUUUCGAGCAGCAAGCGGCAUGGUUGAACCUGACCAACUGCGUCACGGAUUCCGUGCUCGAGAGGUGCGGCGUACCCGUCGGCGCCAAGGUCCUGGCGGGUUCCUCCGCGGCGGAGCCCGGCGAACCGGGAGGCGAAGGCGUUCCGCCCGGGGGCGGUGUAGAAGAGAGCAAAGGGGACGGUGGUAGUGGUGGUCGCCAGCGGGGAAGCAGGCGGGGGAUGGGAGCGGCGGCGUCGGCGGCGGGGAUGGCCGGGCGGCAGAUCGUGCCGCACUUCCCGCACGUUGGGAGGGUGGCCCGGUACUGCGAGGUUCCGAACCGAGCGCAGGGCCCUGAAAAAAAUGCCAACCCGGAGGAUGUGACGAAGCGCAACAUGGAUGGGAGCGAGGCUCUGCGGAUGUGGAUCGCCACUGACUUCGGCGGUAGCUGGGUGGAGCUGCUGGGGGAGCUGCAGCUGUCUUUCGUGUUGUUCGUGUCGCUGUCGUCUCUCGGAGGGUUUCGACACUGGCAGGCGUUGUCCGCCCUGCUUUGCCGGUGCGGGGACGCGCUCAAGACAGACCCCGCCCUCUUCACGGCCUUUAUCCGGAUGCUUCACGCGCACCUUAAGCUAGUUCCGGAGGACUUCUUCGACGUGGAGCUGUCCAAGGACAACUUUUUGGUGCCGUGUCUCUCGGCGCUUCUCCAGAAUGUUUUGCCCGACGAGUCUCUCGCGCCGCCCCUGCUCGAUGCCGGCAAGAGGCUGCUUAAGUUCUUGCAGCAACGGUUCGGGCUGUUUCUUUCCGGCAGCCAUGCCAGCGAUGGUGACGACAACGGCAUCAGGGGGAGGAGCGGAGGAGCAUCAGCAGCAGCAUCUAUGUUAUCGCAUUCACUCAGCGGCGGUGAGGAUGGACGGAGUUCGUUCGCGGAUCCAGCGGCGUUCUCGGAAGGGGCCAUGGAGGCCAUGAAUGCUGGGGACAGCAACCAGGCCGGGGGCGUGGACGGGCUGAGCUUGAUGCAGCUGGAGCUUAGCGAAGAAGACCAGCCGGCGGUGGUGCCAUAUGACGAGGUUCUUCGACACUCGAACCUAGCGCUAACGUCCACGAGUCGACAACAACAACCACAAUCACCUCUGGAAGGAAGUCUACACCCCAUCCCGUUCAUGGGCAUAGCAUUGUUUUUGUAG